AUGACUGAAGCUGCCAGUGUUUACCCUUCGUUGGAGAACCGUCCCAUCAAGAACACGGUUGUUCUGUUCGAUGUUGACGAGACUCUCACCCCCGCAAGACGGCAUGCCUCGCCAGAGAUGCUCGAGUUGCUCUCUCGAUUGCGCCACAAGUGCGCUAUUGGAUUCGUUGGCGGCUCGAACCUUGUGAAGCAGCAAGAGCAGCUUGGAUCAUCCACCAUCGAUGUUACUACUAUGUUCGAUUUCUGCUUCUCCGAAAACGGUCUGACCGCAUUCCGCCUCGGCGAGUCGCUUGCCAGCAACAACUUCAUUCAGUGGCUUGGAGAGGACAAGUACCAAGCGCUGGUCGACUUCGUUCUUAAGUUUAUUGCCAACACCAAGCUACCUCGCAAGCGCGGUACUUUUGUUGAAUUCCGGAAUGGAAUGGUCAACAUUAGCCCCGUUGGACGUGCUGCUAGCAUCGAGGAGCGUGAUGAGUUCGAAGCCUUUGACAAGAUCCACAACAUCAGAAAGACCCUGGUGGAGUCCUUGAAGAAGGAGUUCCCCGACUACGGUCUCACCUACUCUAUUGGUGGUCAAAUCUCUUUCGAUGUCUUCCCCACUGGUUGGGACAAGACCUACUGCCUGCAGCACAUCGAGGCUGAAAAGGGCAUCUCGGGUAUCGAAUACAAGACCAUCCACUUCUUCGGCGACAAGACUUUCGUCGGAGGAAACGAUUAUGAGAUUUACGAAGACCCUCGCACCAUUGGACACUCUGUUGAUGGUCCUGAAGAUACCAUCGAGCAGCUGAAAAAGCUGUUUGACUUGUAG